AUGAAUGCCAUGCACGGCUACUGUGUUCGGCAUGGCAAAAACAAAAAAACCGCUAAGUCAAAGAAUAUUCAUACAAUAAAAAAUUAUAAGAUUACUACAUCAAAUAUAGAAAAAAUGUUAAGAUUCACUAAAAUUAAUCUUUUUAAAACUACAUUUAAUAAAGUUCCAUCAAGUCCAAAAUUGACAUGGAAAUUAGUUAGAGAAAUCAAUGAAGUAAAUCCACCGAAAGAAAUGAAAUCUGUAUUAGUUGAUAACAAGGUCGUAGGUGAACUACACGCGGUCUCAAAUUAUUUCGAUCUGUUUUUCAUGGGAUUAGGGAAGAAUACUUUAGAGAACAACACUAAAAUUAAUAAUAAUGCUCCUAAAGAGAAUAUAAGUGACCUCUCAUUUGAUGAUAUUUUUAAUGUGAAAAUUACAGAAUCAAAGGUUUCAAAAAUAAUUAAUAAUUUUAAAGAUGUAAACAGCCGCUGA